GUUAUAGCAACCUGUAAAUGUGCAGAGAGAAUCCUAACAUCUGCCUCCAUGUUCUCUCCACUGCCUCUCUCCUUCCUUGUUCCAGUCUCCUACUCUCUAAAACUUUUCUCCUUCCUUCUAGUCUAAUGACAGGCCUAGUUCUAUCUUGUACCGCCUUCAACUGCAUAAUGACAUCGUGCUAUAACAGCUCCUAGGGAUCUGAUUUCCUCUGACCUCCCACUGGGUAGUGCGAUUUAGGGCAAGUUCUAAAGUCCAUGCAGCCCGCGGGACUCAGGCACGUCCUGGAUCUCAGGUGAGGCCAUGGCGCCGCGCACGCUGCUCUUGCUUCUGGCCGCAGCCCUGGCCCGGACCCAGACCCGGGAGGGCUCACACUCGCUGCGGUAUUUCAAAACCGCCGUGUCCCGGCCCGGCCUCGGGAAGCCCUUGUUCAUGGAAGUCGGCUACGUGGACGACACGGAGUUCGUGCGCUUCGACAGCGACGCGGAGAAUCCGAGGAUGGAGCCGCGGGCGCGGUGGAUGGAGCGGGAGGGGCCGGAGUAUUGGGAUCGGGAGACACGGAUCGCCAAGGGAAAUGAGCAGAGGUUCCGAGUGCACCUGAGGACCCUGCUUGGCCACUACAACCAGAGCGAGGGCGGCUCUCACACCUUCCAGUUGAUGUAUGGCUGUGACCUGGGGUCGGACGGGAGCCUCCUACGCGGGUAUGAUCACUACGCCUACGAUGGCCGCGAUUACAUCGCCCUGAACGAAGACCUGAAGACUUGGACGGCGGCGGACGCGGCGGCACGGAUCACCCUGAACCAGUGGCAUCAGACUGGUUAUGCAGAGAGACGCAGGGCCGACCUGGAGGGCGAGUGCGUGGAGUCACUCCGCAGAUACCUGGAGCUCGGGAAGGAGACGCUGCUGCGCUCAGAUCCCCCAAAGGCACAUGUGACCCUUCACCCCAGACCUGAAGGUGAUGUCACCCUGAGGUGCUGGGCCCUGGGAUUCUACCCUGCUGACAUCACCAUGACCUGGCUGUUGAAUGGGGAGGACCUGAGCCAGGACAUGGAGCUUGUGGAGACCAGGCCUGCAGGGGAUGGAACCUUCCAGAAGUGGGCAUCUGUGGUGGUGCCUCUUGGGAAGGAGCAGAAUUACACUUGCCUUGUGGAGCAUGAGGGGCUGCCUGAGCCGCUUUCCCAGAGAUGGGAGCCUUCUCCAUCCACCGACUCCAACAUGGGAAUUGAUGUUACUUCUGUUCUUCCUGGAGCUGUGGCUGUCUUUGUAGUUUUGGCCAUCAUUGGAGCUGUGGUGGCUAUUGUGAGGAGGAGAAACACAGGUGGGAAAGGAGACUACGCCCCUGCUCCAGCAUGAAGACAACUGCCUGGAGUGGACUGAGUGACAGACGAUGUGUUCAGGUCUCUGCUGUGACAUCCAGAGCCCUCAGUUCUCUUUAGACACCAGUGUCUGAAGUUCCCUGUGAUUCUAUGGCUUCUGUGUGAAGAACUGUGGAGCCCAGCCCGCCCUGCACACCUGGACCCUGUCCCUGCACUGCCUGUGUUCCCUUCCCCAGCCAAACUUCCUGGUCCAGCCUGGGGGUAGGGAGUGGGGACAUCUCAUCCUGUCCCUCUGUGGUGCCCUGAGAGUCAGCCCCUCACUUCCACACUGAGAAUAAGAAUCUGAGUGUGACCUUGAUUGUUCACAUCCUUGACUCAAGUGUGGAUGGCUUUUUCAAUUACUGGAUGGAAUACUUAGAGGUUUUUUGUUUGGGGGUUUUGU